CGAACACUUCGUCGGCGGGCGUACCGCGGUAGUCACAAGUUACGGUGCCCGAGUAGUAAAUCAGAAAACAAAUGACAACAAUUACCGCACGAGCGAAAAAAGAAAAUAUCAAAACGUCCGACGAACGCGGUCGACGGCCACUUAUCUCGCUCGCUCACCGACUUGCGUUUCUAUGACGUUGUUUGCCGCCGCCGCCACUGCCUCUCGACCGUACUUCGCUUUCCGCCGUCAACCGUAAUCCAUCGAUAUCCGUCCGCGAUAACAGAUCGAACGCCACGACGCCGAUACGGUUUUGAACGGCCAACGCCGAUCGUAACCGGUGUCCGGCUGCUGCCGUCGUCCAGUAACGCCACUGCCUGUGCUAACGCGUUCCAGUUUUGUCUUGGCCCGAAGACGACGAACAAAUCGCCGUCGUUAUGGGCGCCGGACCCAGUCACGGCGAGCUGGCCGACAACGACUGCCUACUCCGGUUGGCCGGCGAGCUGGAGAUCACCAUCGACGAUCCGUUCUGGGACACGUUCCUGACGUUCUCGUUGAAUCCGCCGACAUGCAGGUGAGUACCUUGAGCACCUAACUUUGUACGACAUCACCAAAUGGUCACCCGUGUUUUAGUCAAGACGACAAAAUGUUAACCGAGCGGCUAAAGAGCAUCUGUGAUUCAUUGGUUGCCAACAACAGGAACACUUCCAAUUUCAAAACGCUCAUCAAACUGUUGUUGGAAAAGGCCGACUUUGACAAGUUGCAGGCCCAAGAGAAGUACGUCGUGGACUGUUACACGGUCGUUAACGACAAUUUUAUUAGCUUUGUUUGUUUUAAAAAAAGUGUACGUUCUUUUUAAAGAUUUUACAUUAUUAUGUAUGUGAAUUGUAUAAGUGUGACACUUAAACAUUUGACAGCAUGAAUAGUGUAUUUUUAACCAAAUUUGUACACUUUUUUUUUUAAAGAAAAAAAAAACAGCUAUUAAUUAACUAACCUAAUUUACAAUUAUUUUCAACAGCAAUAUUUUACGGUGGCAAGUGUACAAUGGAUUAUUUAUCGCUCGAUAUUUUCUCAAAUAUCUCGUUCAAUACUCUAAAGAAAUCGAACUCAUCAAUCAAUUUGAGUUACAGACUGGUAUGUACCUCAAAAUGUAUUUUAAAAUGUUCAAUAUUUUUAACUAUUUUUGACUAAUUGUGAAACUUUGGGAACCUGUUUUCUAAAUAAUUGUAAAUGUUCUAGAGUUUUAUUCUUCAAAAUAUCAGUGUUGUAGAUUAUUUUCUAUUUACUUUAGUUCCCUAGUGACACAUUAUAUGAUUACAGUAUUAAUUCUUUAUAAAAAAAAAAAUUGUCAUUGUUAAUUUGUGACGGGAUCUAUUUUAUCUUUAUGUACUAAUUUAUCACAGUUAUCUGAUGGGAGCUUUAUUACAUUUGUAAAUGACUUUAUUUAAAAAAAAAAAAUUAAUAUUUUCUAUCUUAUUUCAGAUGGAAUUGAAGUCGCUCUGGGUGAUCGAAAAGAGUAUGCCGUACCAGAAGAUUUGAACGAAACGACAUUCUUCAAAUUUUUAGCACUCUUAGUGAAAAUUGUGUCCGAAUUAAAUGUGACGUUAGUAUACUUGUUUAUUAUAUACUAUAACAAACUAAGUUUUUUUUUGUUUUUAUUUGUCCAUAGAGAUUCAACAUAUUCUAUUCACAUUGAGAGUUUAAAUUGUAUUUUAAUUGUGUUGUCUAUUCAAAUGUAUACCAUUCAACCUUCAAGUAAUCUUAUUACAUAUAGGUAUGUUGAUUAAAUACUUAUGUAAUCUUGACAAAUCAAGCUCUCAGUUAUAAAGCUACAAUUACUUAUAUAUUAAAAAAAAAAAAAUGAUUUUAAAGAAUAUUUAUGGAAAAUAUUGAUGCAUCAAAGCUGUCAAAAGCACUGCUGCAAAGGUAUACAGAGCAAAUCAAGCCACCCUCGGUAUCUGGAGGAAGCAUAUUCUAUGGAUUAGCAUGUAUGUUUUAUAUUGUUGUCUUUUUUUUUUUUAUCAAAUAAUUGUUUCAAUGUAUUAUUUCUCUAAAGCAAACUUAUGGAAUAUAUUGACUCUGAGUUCUAACGUACCUGUUCAAACGAAUCAGAGUCCUUUAGGUUCACUGUCCAUCAGUGUACUGUUAAUAUUAAUUAAUCACUGUACAUCACCGCCACCUCCAAAAGGCAAUCCAUAUCGGACCUGUAUUUCGUCGCUCUCAAGUAAACAAUAAUUUAAUAUUAGUACUAUUUAACAAUUAAUGUGUACACAAGGUACGGUCAAAGUAUAUUGACUGUGCAUAUUAUAUUAUUAGGCACGCAAAAAUUAAUAGCAAAAUAUUAAUAUAAUUAUUAUAGUUAUUGAUUGUAAUUAUGUAUAAUAAAUGAAAUGUUUGAAACAUUAAUUUUUUUUUUUUUUUAGACAAUCUCGUAGCCAUUUACCAAUUUCUGGGAGAUAGUCCAGAAACUUCCCUGAGUGAAGAAAAGACUUUAUUACUGUAUCAUUUAAUACAUUGUAACAGCGGUUUUAAAACAUUUCUUCUGGCUCGUACCGAUAUUGAAGUUGUGGUAUGUGUUUUAUUUACAGUUGAUAUAAAAAAGAACCAGCUUACUAUUGUUUUGUCUUUCAGUUGAUACCACUUUUGAGAACAAUUUACAAUACACAAAGCAGUAGAUUCCAGCACAUGUAUAUGGCACUUAUUAUAUUAUUAAUACUAACUGAAGAUCAACUCUUCAACAAGACUGUACACAACAUUAUACUAAAAAGCGCUACUUGGUACCAAGAAAGAGUAGUAUCUGAAAUUUCUUUAGGGGGUCUUAUAAUUUUGGUCACUACGAGAACAGCGCAAUAUAACUUACUGAAAAUGAGGGUAAAUAACUACCAUCUCUUAUUUUAUUUCAACAAAAAUUGAACUCUUUUUGAACUUUUUAGGAUAAAUACUUGCACAUAAAUUGUUUUGCCGCAUUAGCGAACAUGUCAUCGCAGUUUAAUCAGCUACAUCCGUAUGUUUGUCAAAGAAUGUUGAGUCUUUAUGAGACGCUAUCAAAAACCUUUUUAAGAUGUCCAAACCAAGACGUAAGUCAUUUUUUUUUUUUUUUUUUGUUAAAAUUACAUUAAAAAUUAUUAAAUCAAAGUUUCAUUUAAAAUAAUUUUUAUAAUUUUGUAAUAAAUAAAAACAAUUAAUUGUAUCAAUAAUAUAACAGUAAUUAUAUUAAUCUCUGUGCUCUUUAUUUUUGUUGCUUAUAAUCAAAUCUAUGGUCAAAAGUGUAUGUUAUUUACACAAAACAAUAUUUGUGGAUUAAAAUUAAAAAUAUAUUAACAAAUAACAAAAGAAUAAAUUAUUGAAAUAAAUAACUAAAUUUCCUAGGAUAAUGGGGAUAGGUGCAGCCACUGUUAUAUAUAAUUUAAUGGACACCUGUAAACAACGAUAAACUAUUGCUUACAAAAAACGAUUCUGAGUGGAGUUCAGUUAGUUCAGAUAGUGAUACUUUGUCAACAAUAUGUAUGUCAUUUUAUAGUAAAAUAAUUCCCAAUUUGUUGGGAAAACUUCUGAAAAAAUCAAAAAAUAACUUCACUAAAGUACCUCUCUAAUGAGAUUUCCUUUUAGAAACAUUGCUAUCAAUAUAAGUUGGAACAAAAUUGUUGAUAGAAAAGUGUGUACAGAAAAAAAGAAUGCUGUAAAAUAUUUUAACCAAUACUUAUAUUACUUAAAUUUUCCAGUUUUUUCGGUUUUUCAAAUUUGAUAAGAAAACUCCUGAGAAAAUCGAAAAUGGCCACCCUAAAGUACCUCCCCACAUCGAUUUUUUUUUUCAGAAAAGGAAAAAAUUCAAGCAAUUCUUCUGGUAGAAAAGUUGUUAACAGAUAAAAAAAAAAAAAAAACAUCUUUAUAAAAUCAUAAGCUCCUUCGCUCCACUCAGAAUCUAAAAUUAAUAAUAUCAUUAUGCCAUUCUGAUGUCAUUACAAAGAAAUUUUAUUACACACUUAGAUUAGAUUUUGUGUUUUCGUUGUAUAUUUUAUUGUAUUUUAAUUGAUUCACCAGUUAUUACAUACAUUUAUUAUUUAUUUUUGUUCAAAAAUCAUAUUAUUAAUUACUAUGGUUUCUUAUGUCCUCAACUAGUCUAUAAUUAUAUUUUUUUUAAUUUUAGAUGAGUGCCAUUGAAGAAGCAUUGCGCAUAGUAUUAGAAGUGAUAAACUCAUGUCUGUCAAAUCAACUGAUACAUAAUCCCAAUUUGGUGUACGCCCUACUCUAUCAGCGCAAGGUGUUUGAACCGUUAAAGAGUCACGAAGGAUUCCAUGAUGUCAUUCAAAACAUUGACAUGGUGAUAACCUUUUUUUCUGCCAAACUUGAGCGUGAAGAAGAGUUAUUGAAUUCAUCUGAUGUUAACACAAUGUUAUCGAGGGUGCAACAUUGGUCUCUUCAAUGGCCCAGAGACCUGAUGAAGGUUUAAAUUAAUUUAAAAUUAUUAAUUGAAUUUUAUUCACUGAAUAAAUUAUUAUUAACAACUAGUAUGUUGUGAAAAGUGUUUUUAAAUAAUUAUUUGGUUAUUUACAGAAAUUCCCAGACCUAAAAUUUAAGUACGUAGAAGAAGAGAAACCUGAAGAAUUUUUCGGUCCAUACGUUUGGUCGUUGGUUAACAUACUAUCUGAAAUUAACUUCGAAUCAACUCUUUAUAAGUUAAACUAAACGACAAUAAUAUUAAAUCCAAAGUUUUUUUUUUCUUUUACUCAAUUAUAUUAUUUUAAUAUUAUGUUUUAUUUUGUUAACAUACUGUUUUUUUUUUUUUUUUAAUAUAAGUGUGUAUGUUUUUUUGUAAAAAAAAAAACUAAAAUGCUUUAUUUAAACUACGGCUAUAAAUACAAAUAUUAUAUAAUAUUUAUAGCCAUGAUUUAAACCAUUGUUAAUACCUCGAAUAUAUUUUAUAGAUAUUAUUUUCAUAAUUUACUGUUAUUUUUUUCCCCUUGAUAAUAUUAAUAUACAACACCUCUUGUUUUUUUUAAUAAUUUUUCCGAGUGUUAUCAAUUGUAUAUUAUUAAUUCGGCACAAACCAGAAUCUACUAUCUACUUAGGAGUGGUCGACAAUAGCAAUUAUUGUUUUAAUGCUCAAUUAUUUCUGAAACCAUUGAUGUACACCUGGAGCAAAUACUAAUUUGUGGUGUUAAACGUUCUCACCAAAUUUCUGUUUAAUCAAUUAAUAGUUUCAGUUAAUAAUUACCAACAAGCACAUUGAUAUCAG